ACUAUCGCCCAUCUCUAUGGACCUAAGUUUAUGAAUUAAUUAUUUGCGCUUAAUAGUAUAUGAAGCCGAAAAGAUUUUUAACAAUUUUUAGAUUUAAAUGUUACUGUGCAAAUUGUAUUUGUGAAUUAGCAGCUGCGAAUGUGACUGUGGACCCGCCAUUGUUAGGCAAUGAAAAUAUUUUUUAAAAUUGAAACAGCUGAUUAACUGUUGGGAAGCGCUGCUGCAACUCGAGUUAUUAAUGCACGUGCGGUAAAUGAAAAUGAAUGCCGGCAAGCGCGGUGCAUUUAUAGUGUUUGAAGGAUGCGAUCGCAGUGGCAAAACCACUCAAAGCAGGCUUUUGGUGGAUUGGCUGCAGUCCAAGGAUAUCCCAGUGAAGCAUAUGAAUUUUCCCGCUCGUGAUUCACGCAUUGGCCAGGUGAUCAACUCCUAUUUGACAAACAAGCAGGAGCUGUCAGACGAAGUAAUACAUCUUAUGUUCUCGGCGAACCGCUGGGAGUUCUCCAAAGAAAUCAAGAAUCAUUUGUUAGCUGGAAUUACACUGGUUGUAGAUCGUUAUUCCUAUUCUGGUGUUGCCUAUACUGUUGCCAAAGGUCUUGAUUUCGACUGGUGUUAUGCUCCUGAAAAAGGCCUCAUUCGGCCGGAUGCAGUUUUUUAUUUAAAAGCGUCCACUGAUAUACUUUCGGAACGCGGAAGUUACGGGGAGGAACGCUAUGAAAGGUCCGAGUUCCAGCGAAAAGUGGCCGCCGUGUUUAAUCGUAUCUGCUCGCAAGAGUCAAGCUAUUGGCAUGAAAUUCAAGCGGGCAAGUCUGUGGAUGAUGUGCACGCAGAGAUUAGCAAGGUAACGGGGGAAUUAAUGCAGCAUGUGGCGAAUGAGCCACUGUUUGAGCUUAAGUAGCACGACGCGAACUUAAUUUGCGUACAUUCCGCUUGGAUUAAGCUCAAUUUGCUAACAACGAAUAAAGAUAUAAAAACA